UCCACCGUCAACGACUCUUCGUCUCUUCCGCCUCAUAAAACACGCCACGCCUCAUCUGACUCUUCUUCCCCCUUCCUCCCUCCCGAGCUCCGCCCGCCCGCCCGCCGCCGCCGCCGUCGAGUUCGCCGCACCUCUCGCACGGCCCCCACCCCGCGCUUCCUUCCUCGUCGGACCGCCCGCGACCGCGAGCCUGCCUCCCGUCCAAGUUGACGGGAACCCUCGCCGCGGAAGACCGCGGAGAGGUGGGGGGCCGCGUCCCGACCCCGGCGGUGGUCGAUCGGUUCCGGACGAGAGGAGCGAUGCAGGGCGGCGUGUCCGGAUUCCAGAACGCGCCGGUGACGCGGGCCGUCGUCCUCGCCAGCGGCCUCCUCUCCGUCGUCUUCAGCGCCCAGCGCCGCGCCCGCGCCCUCGUCCUCUCCCACCAGGGGAUUGUCAAAAACUUCCGUCUAUGGAAGUUGUUUGCAUCUGGGUUUGCCUUUCAGUCAACACCGGAGCUAUUGUUUGGAGUCUACCUGCUCUAUUACUUCCGUGUUUUCGAGAGGCAGAUAGGCUCUAACAAAUACUCGGUUUUUAGUUUAUUCACUAUCUCAGUAUCAUUGCUUCUUGAGAUCCUAUCUUUGGUUCUCCUGAAAGACACCAACUACCUCAGCACUCUUGCAUGUGGACCUUAUGGCCUUAUAUUUGCCUCAUUCAUUCCAUUCUUUCUUGACAUUCCUGUCACAUCACGAUUUCGUAUUUUUGGUGUUAACUUCAGUGAUAAAUCAUUCAUAUACCUAGCUGGCCUGCAGCUGCUUUUAUCUUCUGGGAAGCGUUCUCUUAUUCCUGGUAUUUGUGGUCUGAUUGCUGGUUCUCUCUAUCGUCUGAACGUGCUUGGCAUCCGCAGGAUGAAGAUGCCACAGGUUAUUGCAUCAUUUUUCGCAAGAAUUUUCGCACCUUCUUCGGGAGGUUCAUCUAGGCCCUCCAGGAGUCUGGUCGGAAACAUGAGUUCUCGUACAAGCCGUGCUGUGCAGAACAAUCAGCCAUCUGGAUUCGCUCCUGUCGUGGAGCCCCCAGAAUCUUCAAUCGCUAUGCUGGUUUCGAUGGGCUUUGAUGGAAAUGCUGCAAGACAGGCGCUAAUGCGAGCCAGAAAUGACAUCAACACGGCCACGAACAUCCUCCUUGAAGCGCAGACUCGUUGAGCUAACUUAAUGCGACUUCCCUGGAAACAUUGCGGGCAGAAUUGGUGAUAUUUCUAAGAUGAGGCAACAUGCUGAGGUCCAUUAGGCAGCAGAUUGGCGACGAAAUGGUGCGCUGCUAAUUUUAUUCACUUGCCACUGGUACCAUGAUUUGAUGAGAAGUUCCACUCGGCUCUUGCUAGCUGUCAGGCGUCUGCUUAGGAAGUCAGCAAACAUUUGCCGUAGUUAACGGGUUAUCUAUGUCAAUAUUUAAAUUUCUCUCACCUUACAGAUGAUGUAUAAUUCCAAAUUCAGCUUGUAGGAUAGAUGAUAUAUAAACAUUGGAAUCAUAGUGUAAAAUUCUUUAGAAAUUUGUGCCUCGUGAUCAGUUCUAGCAUCGAUUCAUGGAUAAGUACUCUAAUCAUGUUUCGGUCAGGAAAACUGAAACCGGAUAAAAUUGAACAAAAAUAACUAAAUUUUUGUUCAAAAA